AUGGCGACUCCAAGUAGUAACAUUGAGGCAGCUGUGACACCUCCUGAUGUCAUUCAUUGUCCAUCAAAAUUGCUCCCAACACGUGCAGACGCUCCUGAAGUAGUCAAUGAACCCGUGACACUUGAAGAGCUUGUCCCGUCUACGGUCGUGCGGAAUAGAAAGGACGAUCAAGAACGCACAAAAGAGGAAACGAUUCAAAAAACUGCCAUUGAGCAUAUUGAACUGACCACUGGUGACGGUAUGAACGACAGGAGUGACUGUGACCUCUUGGAAACUGAGAUCAUGAUGGAAUUAUCAGUUAUUGAGGAUGAAGAAGAAGAUGAUGAAGAAGAAUUUCAUGAAGCAAUGGAAGAAGAAGAAGAAGAAGAAGAAGAAGAGUGCUGUUGA